UCCCGACCUCUGCUCCUGUGCCAUGUAGCGAAGCAGACGCGAGACCUGACCCAGUGGCUCCGGAGGCUCCUGAGCGCUAUGGACCAACUCUCUGGUGUCUCCUCCGCCUGGCUGUGGCUGGAUGGCCGCAGCCUGCUGCUCUUCACGCUGGUUCUCCUGGUGACCGCAGAGUAUCUGAGGGCCCGGCGGCCCAGCGGCUUCCCCCCGGGGCCGUGGGCGUUUCCCCUCGUGGGCAACCUGUUCUCCUUUGACCCCAGCAACCCGCAUGUGGACAUGACUAAGUUGGCAGAGAAGUAUGGGAAAGUGUACAGCCUGAAAAUGGGCCCCUUGUGGUCGGUGGUGUUGAACGGCCUCAGUGCGGUGCAAGAGGGUCUCGCCAAAGGAGACCACGCGGAUGGCCGGCCGGAUUUUGCAAUACAUUCCGAUGUGUUGCCUGAAAUGGGUAUUGUUUUUUCCAAUGGACAUUCAUGGAAACAGCAGAGGCGAUUUGCCCUCUUCACCCUCAAAUACUUUGGCGUUGGCAAGAAAUCCCUCGAAUCCUCAAUACUGGAGGAAUUUAUUCAUGCGUCCAAAGAAAUCGCUAGUCACAAAGGCAAACCCUUCAAACCACACGUAUUGAUGCGCAACGUUGUCUCCAACAUCAUCUGCUCCCUGGUUUUUGGUCAUCGCUUUGAGUACACUAACGAGAAGUUUCAAAACAUGUUGACGUUGUUGGACAAUGGCACCCGGAUUGAAGCCUCCAUUUGGGCUCAGAUGUACAAUGCGUUUCCUGUGCUGAUGAGGCGCUUGCCGGGGCCGCACCGCACGCUUCAAGGGAUUUACGUCAAAAUAUUGGACUUGAUCAAGAAAGAAGUCGACCAGCACAGGGAGGACUUUAACCCCUCCGAGCCCAGAGACUUCAUCGACUGUUACCUGAAUGAGAUGGAGAAGCACCAGAGCAAGAAGGACGAUGAUGCGGACGCCAGGUUCAAUGAUGACAACCUGGUGAUGUGUUCCUUCGAUCUGUUCGGGGCUGGCACUGAGACCACGUCCACCACCCUGCUCUGGGCUUUCCUCUACAUGGCAAAGUACCCCGACAUCCAGGCGAAGGUCCAGGCUGAGAUAGACCGAGUGAUCGGACAGUCCAGACAGCCGUCCAUGAAGGAUCGCGCCGACAUGCCCUACACGGACGCCGUCGUACACGAGGUCCAGAGGAUCGGCAACAUAGUUCCUCUCAGCCUGCCCCAUAUCACCAGCAGGGAGGUCCAGGUGGGAGGCUACACGAUCCCAAAGGGAGUUACAAUAAUCCCCAAUCUGACCUCGGUGCUGUUUGACAAGAACGAGUGGGAGACGCCGGACACCUUUAACCCGGGACACUUCCUGAACCAGGAGGGCAAGUUUGUGAAGCGAGCGGCUUUCAUCCCUUUCUCUGCUGGUAAGAGAUUGUGUCUCGGGGAGAACCUGGCCAGGAUGGAGCUCUUCCUCUUCUUCACCUCCUUCAUGCAGCGCUUCAGCUGGUCCAUGCCUCCGGGCGUGGAGCCUCUGCUGAAGCCCCGUUUCGGCAUCACCCUUUCACCCGAACCUUAUGAGAUCUGUGCCAUUUCACGCUAAGAGUGACUCCUCACACAUGCACAUUUUUUUAUAUAUAUUCCAG